AUGGAAGCUAUGUUUGCAAUUAUAACAAUAUUAUGCUGCUUCACUUCCCCUGCAAUUGCAUGCCCCUUCCCUGAAAGAAAUCUUCUCCUGGAUUUCAAGGCAGCAGUUGUAGAUGAGUAUAACACUCUAACUUCCUGGCACGGAUUCAAUUGCUGUACGUGGAGAGGAGUCAGUUGUAAUCUCCGCACAGGCCAUGUUUCUCGACUGGAUCUGAGUGGACUCAAUUUGGAAGGUAACAUCAGUUCAUCGCUGUUCCAACUUGCACGGUUGGAGCACCUCGAUCUCAGUGACAACCUCUUCAAGGGUAAAUUCAGUCCUCCCCAUAAUCGAAAGUUGAAGAGUCUCACUUUUCUUAACUUGUCAUUUUCUGGAUAUGUAAAUGAAACCUCUCUGGGUUCUGUAAGGGAAUUUUAUGUGAGUUUGGAAAGCUUAUCAAAUCUGGUGAGCUUGGAAUACCUCUCUCUUGCUGCAGUGAACAUCUCUGCAAGCAAAGAGUGGGGUGAAGCUGUUGGCAGUCUACCCAACCUUCAAAAACUCCACAUGUCUGACUGUGGGCUUGGAGGACCAAUUGCCAAUUCCCUUCUCAACCUCACCUCUCUCCUUCACCUCGAUCUCUCAGAGAACUAUUUGUCAGCACAAAUACCAGCUUGGUUUGAAAAUAUGACUGCCCACUUGCUCUCACUUGAUCUCUCUUGGAAUUACAAUCUUGGAGGAGACAUUUCUUUCAUUGGACAACGAAAGACUUCUUUGUCACUAACCAGCAUUGAUCUUUCAGGGACAGCCAUCAAGGGCCGAAUUCCAUCUGCUGUAGGAAAUAUCUCAUGCUUGGAGCAUCUUCGUCUGAGAGGUACCAGAAUUGAAGGUGAGAUUCCAGCUGCUAUAGGCAAUUUGUUGUCCUUGCAAAUUCUUGAUCUGUCAGGUACCAGAAUUGAAGGUGAGAUUCCAGCUGCUAUAGGGAAUUUGUUGUCCUUGCAAAUUCUUGAUCUGUCAGGUACCAGAAUUGAAGGUGAGAUUCCAGCUGCUAUAGGGAGUGUGUCGUCCUUGAAGAGUCUUGACCUGUCUAAUACCGGAAUUGAAGGUGAGAUUCCAGCUGCUAUAGGGAGUGUGUCGUCCUUGAAGAGUCUUGACCUGUCUAAUACCAGAAUUGAAGGUGAGAUUCCAGCUGCUAUAGGGAAUAUGUCGUCCUUGAAGAGUCUUCGUCUAUUUACUACCUCUAUUGAAGGUGAGAUUCCUCUCUCCAUAGUCAAUCUCUCUAAACUUGUUUCUUUGGAGCUGUCCUACAACAAGUUAACUGGGGUAAUCCCACCUUCAUUGGACUCACUUUCUUCCCUUGUUAGUCUUGACCUUUAUGCCAACGAAUUGAAUGGUACGAUUCCAUCUACAAUUUCAAAUCUUGUUAACUUAAGAAGAAUUUCGCUUGACUCCAAUAGUUUAAGCGGCCUCAUUUCCCUUUCUGUAUUCGACAAUCUCACUGGACUUCAUGAGCUGUAUCUUUCUGACAAUCAGUUAACUGUAAACAUUGAUUCAACAUGGAUUCCGCAGUUUAAGCUUUCCUCUUUGGCAUUAGGCUCUUGCAAUUUAGAUAGAAUUCCAUCGUUUCUUGUGACCCAAUACGGCUUGGCAUAUCUAGACCUAUCUGCUAACAGUAUCCAAACAAAUAUUCCAUCUUGGCUAUGGAACUUACCCAGCCUUUAUAGUUUGAACCUUAGCUGUAAUCAAUUAACUGGGUCAUUGCCAUCUAGACAAACCUUACCCAAGUAUUUUGAAAUUCUAGAUUUGCACAAUAAUAGCCUAGAAGGUUCUCUUCAUCUUCCUCUCGCUGGAGCUUAUCUGGCAGAUCUGUCGAUGAAUCAGUUUAAUGGUUCUAUUCCUAGUCCCAUCGGUGCGUAUCUUGAAAAUGCAGUGUUCUUAACCUUGUCCCGGAAUAACCUCAGCGGAGCGAUUCCAGAGUCUAUUUGCACUCCAUAUUUGCAGGUUCUUGACCUUUCAAAAAAUACGCUGAGCAGUGUCAUUCCUCCUCAUUUAACCAGGAAUUGUUCUUCUCUUAGUGUUCUAGAUUUGGCAGAGAAUCAUCUGGAAGGUAAAUUGCCAGCAGAGUGGGGCAACAUUACAAACAUGCAUACAUUGAAGCUCAAUGGUAAUCAUUUGAGAGGAGUUAUUCCCUCAUCCAUUUCAGAAGGCCGAUCUCUGCAAGUAUUGGAUUUGGGAAAUAAUGAUUUGGAAGGCACCCUUCCCCAGUGGAUUGGAAAGCUAUCACAGCUGCAUGUGUUGGUCUUAAGGUCUAAUCAUUUUCAUGGCAGUAUCCCACGCCAGGUAAUUGGCCUUCCGAAUCUUCAAAUUCUGGAUCUUUCUGGCAACCACCUUUCAGGAGCUAUUCCAAGCAACCUUACAAACCUGCUUGCAAUGGUCAAUGCAUCGCAGAAUAAUUCAAACCAUCUCCGAGAAUACAGUCCAUUUGGUGCUGCAUAUACAAAUCAGAUCAAAAUUUCCUGGAAAGGCUGGGAUGUUGAAUUUGUGAAAGUUCUCUUUAUUCUUAAAUGUAUUGAUCUUUCAAACAACAGUUUAUCAGGGAGCAUUCCUUUUAAAAUGGGAUCUCUUCAAGGCUUGAUAGCCCUUAACCUUUCAAGGAAUCAUCUCAGUGGCCGAAUCCCAAAAACAUUGGGACACAUGGAACAACUAGAGUCUCUGGACCUCUCGCUAAACAGGUUGAAUGGCAACAUUCCCUUAGAACUUGAGUUCCUGAGUUAUUUGGAGUUCUUGAAUCUAUCUUACAACAUGCUUGAUGGAAAAGUACCCCAUGGAGGACAGUUCCUAACUUUUGGGGAGUCGUCCUACUUAGGCAAUCUUAAUCUAAGUGGGAUUCCAUUUACCAAUAUAAGCGUCUGCAACAACUCUUCUGGCUAUGGCAACUGCACAAGUAUUGAGAGAAUUGGUGAAGCAAAGAAUUCAGAUGGUGAAAUGAUAGGAUGGGCAGUGGGACUUGGAUUGAGUUAUGGUAUGGGAUUCUCUAUUGUGAUUGGAGUAUUGACUUUAAAUAAGAGGGUGAGAAAGAGAGCCUUCGAUUUUUAUGAUGUUGUAAUAUUAGCUAUUGAUGGGUGUAUAAGAGGUUAA